AAUAUUUCAACAUGGGUAAGAGAUGUAAAGAUGGGCUCUGUGUAUUCUUCCUGGCACUUCCCGGAAUAUUAUUCUUCCCCAUAAGAGUGCUUCUACUUGGACUAACACUAUGGCUGUUGGUCGUUGGUCUAAUCACAAACAUAUGGAACAAUGUGAAGACGGUACCAAAAGCGAUGGUUUGCCAAAUGAAAGCGAUCGGCCAAUACAUUAACGAAUCAUCCUCGGAAAAUAAUUACAGUGAAGGCAAUGAAGAUAAUAUGAGAAACAUUACUGCUAUGUAUAUGGAAACAUUAGAACAAGUUAUCGGUGUUCCAAAAAAGGCAAUAACAAAGCUACUGUCUACUUACAAGGGUGUUAGCAUCGAUAUCAGUGGAAUGGAUUUUAGUAUUUCUCUGUUUAAUAUAACACUCAGUGCACGUGAUGUUGACGAUUAUUUAAAUCAGGUUGAUACAAAUAAUUACAUCCUGAAUCCUAAUGUUACAGGCAUUGACAAUUUUUCAACCAUCAGUAACAAACUGAGAGAUGUGUUUGAUGAGACCACAUAUAGCAAUCUAAAUUUAAUUAUAUUGAUUGUCUCCGCCACGGUCUUCGCUGCAUCGAUAGUUAUAGUUUUCAUACAGGCGUAUUGUUACUUCAAGCAAUGGAAAGAAAGAAAUCAAUCGUCGUGUUGCCGCAACUUGGCGUCAUCGCUCUUCAUAAUGAAGGAGUGUCAGACAAUAUUUCAGCAAUCGAUAAUGAUUGGCGCACUCUUUUUGGUGGCUUUCGUACUAUGGGAAUUUGAUUCAGUAAUUUACCGAACACUGGAAGUGAUACGAAUGGAAGCUAAUUUGACCACGUUGAUUGAAGGAGGCAGCGGGUUCCAAGUUGUCCUAAACGACACAAGUCCUCGUAUCAGAGAUCUUCUUCAUCAAAAAGUACCGUUCCUGUUUACACGUAACUCAACGACCUUUGACUAUUCAUUUGAGAUAAAAACUGAACCUUGUCUACCCGUUCCUCUGCCACCAUUUAAAGAGGGCACUAGGUUUGUAUUUUUGAUCGUUCUGUUUUGCGCCAUUUUAAUCCUGACGCUCCUAACGCCAUUUAGGAGGAUAUUCCAGAGUUGCAUAUGCAGAGUUGCUACAGCAAAAAGAAACAAUGACGACUACCAAGAAGCGCCCCAAGCAGAAAGCAACGUGUAAUGUAAAGAGGAUAGUCAAUAAUUUUUCUCAAUGCAAUGAGCGUACGCCAGGACGUACGUGUACGCUUAUCAUUGUAGAAAUGGAUUUUGGAAGAAAUAAUAAUCAAGCUGAUGUGAGCCCAUUGAAUUCUCGCAUCAAUUCAGACUAUGAAGUCCUAUUCAAAAACGUCCAAAUAGACAAAUGCUGUGUGUUUGAAUGGUGGUGCAUUGCGUAAUUGGUAAUAAGAUUUCCCCCCGGGCAUCAUAGACUAUCAAGGAAAAGAACACAAAGCCCUAUAGCGCAAAUUGCAAAUGAUGUUUUCAACAAAAAACUCAUACUCACACAAUUUUUUGAAAGACAUGACGAUUUAUUGCAAUCGAUCUCCCAUGGUGCACUAGCAACAAGCCGGCGGGGUUGACAUACGCUGUUACCCGACGAGUUUAACACAUCCUAUAGUCCAUCUGUCACCCCUAUACAUCCAAUAGUGAACCUAGAAAUUGUUAAAAGUACGAUGUUUUAUGGCCGAUUUAUGAUAAUAAGGGUUUUCUGAAGUGAUUUAACUGGGUUACCGAAAAAGUUUGUUUGGGGAAAAAAUUGUAUAGGCUGAUUAGGAAGGGGUGCAAUCGCUUAACAUGGAGUUGACUAUUGACUUAGCGUUGGGAUAC